AUUGUCCUGCUUAAAGCUGAGCCUCCACCAUCUUAAAGCUAACACCACCACAAGGCUCCAACUAAAAGGCAAUAGUUUCUCCAACUGACACCCCCUUUCCCUCGUCUCCUCCCUUUAACUCUACUGUCAUUCUCUCCUUCUCAUCACCUUCUAUAAUGCCUCUCAUUUACAGACCUCAUUCAUCUCUCUAUAACACACCCUUUCACCUCUAAGUCCAAAUAUUGUUUCGUCGAUCACCAACACCUCUAGUCGCAGAUCAAAACCUGAACUUUCCUUCUCUCUUUGCAUUCCAUCCUUUUCUUCUUGAGGAUUCCACACUGCAAACGAUUCCUCCGUGAUGAACAAAACCCAAUUUUAUAUCGCCAUUUUCUUCCCCUGUUUCGAUAAAUAAGAAAACAGAGCCAUCUUCUCCUAUCCCUUCAAUCGUAGACAUCGCGCGUCCAAGACUCGAGCUUUUUCCUACACUUUGCUUCCUCUGCUUCUGUCGAUCUCGAAAGAGCAAAUCUUUUGGGUUUUCUUCAUUGCUGGAAUUUCUCAUUACACGCAAGGUCCGAACUUUCUGCGCUCCAUCACACCCCCUGCCUCUGCAACCCCAUAAAUUUCGCGUUCUAGAUGCCUUCUGGCCGGAGAAAGUUCUUGGUGCGGCAUCCGGUGGUGGUCGACAUCGGCUGCAGCUGCCGGCGGCCGAAGCUCCCAUCUUUCUUCUCCUUCUCGCAGAAACCCAAGCCGCCGAAGAGUCCCAGUCUCCUCUCCCCUUCGACCACCAUUUCCCACUGGGAGACCAGCCUCACCGCCGCCGCCGCCACCAGCACCACAACAGCCACCGCCACCGACUCCUCUCCCUCACGCUACGGAGACUACACCUCUCCGCAGUAUCCGGCGUCAUACCCACUGGAGAGCCCGCAGAAGACGGCCGCUACGGGCCAGCGGAAGCCGUACCAGAAGAAGAAGAAGCACAAGUGCCCGGCGACGGCUGCGGCCAAAAUGGGGGUCGUCGAGGGGAGCAUGGCGGUGGUGAAGGAGUCGUCGGACCCGUACCUGGACUUCCGGGACUCGAUGCUGCAAAUGAUCGUGGAGAUGGAGAUCUACGCGUGGGAGGACCUCCGCGACCUCCUCCAUCGCUUCCUCGCCCUCAACGCCCCACGCCACCACCACCUCAUUCUCCGUGCCUUCGCCGAGAUCUUGAACGGCCUCUUCUCACCACCCUAGCCCUCGCCGCCGCCGCCCUCGUCUGCCACCGGCUGCAGACGGCAGUGACGGCACACCCCCGCACGCGGCCGCAACGGCCCACGAAAAGGACAAGAGUUGAGAUCCUGCCACGACCGGGUGCCACGUGGAUAAUCAGAGGGUAACUCCACUGCCGGUGACAGGAUCUCGAUUUCCCAGAAGAAAGCUACCAAAAAGAGGCAAUUUGGUGGAAGCUGAAGUGUGUUUCGUUUGAAUGGUAGGAUUCGGUGAAGAUGUUGUGACCUGCGCAAAGCCGCCUGUCGAUGAUGUGAUGGUAUGUGGAGAGCCUUCGCUCUGUUCUUUUGCCUCCUAAAACCCACAUUUACUGCCCGCAGUGUUUGUCUGAGUUCUUCAACGAGUCACUGUCUCAUGGAUCUUCCAGUGAUUCACCUUCUUCUGCUCUACCAGUGCAUGCCAUCUUGCCUUGCGCAGCUUCUGCAUCAGAGAUCAAAAGCAGCAAAAAGAACAGGCAAACAAGCUUCAAGUAUACUGCUAGAUUAAGUAUAUUUGAGCUCAGAUUGAGCUGCAACUCUGAAAAAGAACAAGAGGAAUUAGUUCAGGUUGUUUCUUGCUUUUGAUGGGAAGUUCUAGCUGUAGGUGUAAAAGCAAAUUUUGAUAGGGAUUAGUUGCAGAAAAAAAAACUUAGGAACUACUUCAAA